GUCCGUAACUGUUCUUAAUUUCCCGGGAAAAUUAUAAUAAUAAAAAAUAAAAAUUAUCAAUCUUUCAUCAUCACUCACCAACAAACCCGAUCUCACCCAAUUUAAUCCUAUACCCGUCAACACCCAAACCCAUUCUCACUCGUCUUCUUCAUCACGCAUCGCAGCAGAACCCAAUUUCUCUCUCUUAAUCAAGGUUUUUCUUUCGGGUCGGAGUCUUCAAUGGCAGAUCCGAAAGUUUCGCCAUUGAUGACAUCACCAUCGGCAUCCACAGCAACAACUCAGCUGAAUGUUCCAACAACAUUCUCACGUCCUUCACUCAAUCUUGAAACCCUAAGUUCAACUACGAGUCAUGUCAACCGUUUGAUUAAUUCGAAUCAUUACGUGUCGCCGUCAAGAACUAUUUAUUCUGACCGAUUUAUACCCAGUAGAUCAAGUUCCAAUUUUGCCCUUUUUAAUAUCUCAUCCUCUUCCCCUCCGCCGCCCUCCACGGCGUCUAAUUCUCCGGCGUCUGAUGGCAGCGGUGGAAAAGAGGACAGUUCUAGUGCUUAUGCUGCACUUCUUAGGACGGCGCUUUUUGGGCCGUGUACGCCGGAUAAAAGAGAUUCGCCGGCUGGCCAGAAUAUUUUCCGGUUUAAGUCGGAGACUAGACAGUCAAUGCAUUCACUUUCGCCUUUCGGGUUCGAUGAGGAGAGACCCGGUGUUAUUCAUUCCCCUGUUAAGACUCCAAGAAAGGUUCCAAGAUCGCCUUAUAAGGUGUUGGAUGCACCUGCAUUGCAAGAUGAUUUUUAUCUCAAUCUGGUGGAUUGGUCGUCGCAUAAUGUAUUGGCGGUGGGGUUGGGAAAUUGUGUGUAUUUAUGGAAUGCUUGUAGUAGUAAGGUGACAAAGUUGUGUGAUUUGGGGUUUGAUGAUAGUGUUUGUUCAGUUGGAUGGGCUCAGCGUGGAACACAUCUUUCUGUUGGAACUAACAAUGGAAAAGUCCAGAUUUGGGAUGCAGCUCGAUGUAAAAGAGUGAGAACUAUGGAAGGACAUCGACUACGUGUUGGGGCAUUGGCCUGGAGUUCAUCUUUAUUGUCUUCUGGUAGCCGGGAUAAGACUAUUCUUCAACGAGAUAUACGCACUCAGGAAGGCUUUGUUAGCAAACUCUCUGGUCACAAAUCAGAGGUUUGCGGGUUGAAAUGGUCUUAUGAUAAUCGUGAGUUGGCAUCUGGUGGGAAUGAUAAUAGACUGUUUGUAUGGAAUCAACACUCAACUCAGCCUGUUUUAAAAUAUUGUGAGCAUACAGCAGCUGUAAAAGCAAUUGCGUGGUCACCCCAUCUGCAUGGACUUCUAGCAUCUGGCGGUGGUACUGCUGACCGAUGUAUAAGAUUUUGGAAUACUACUACUAAUUCACAUCUCAGCUGCAUGGACACUGGCAGUCAGGUGUGCAAUCUUGUUUGGUCUAAGAAUGUCAAUGAGCUUGUCAGCACACAUGGGUAUUCUCAAAACCAAAUAAUAGUUUGGAGAUAUCCUACCAUGUCGAAGCUGGCAACUCUCACGGGUCACUCAUACCGAGUUCUUUAUCUUGCAAUCUCACCAGAUGGACAGACAAUUGUCACUGGAGCAGGAGAUGAAACUUUGCGGUUUUGGAAUGUCUUCCCUUCCCCUAAAUCUCAAAACACUGAUAGUGAAAUUGGAGCAUCAUCUUUUGGAAGAACUACAAUCCGGUAACUAUUGGAGGAUUUCCGUUCCGAGAAUCCCGGGCUCUUUAGCAUGGUAAAAGAGAUAAUAACGUCAUGAUUUUUGACGCACCCCUGCAAAAUGAAGCUCGGCAGAAUAAUGGUUUUCUCAAACCCAACAGCGAUUAGCCCAAUUUUUUUAGAUUACACGCGAUGGAACCAUUAAUGGUUACCGGCAAAUUUUACCUUAUUUACAUCCUAUGAUUUAUAAACUGUAUAGCCGUGGGAGAUUCUUUUUUUUAGUAUUAUCAAAAUGCUCCUUGCAUUUGUAUAUCUACAAAGAUAAAAAGAUGUAUUACACAUUUUUGGUAUAGAGAACUCAUAAGUUCUGUAAAUAAAUUAUUGUUUCUACA